AUGUACAUGUCCUUGCACGAGCAGGAAUUAUGCCGACAGCUGCGCCAACUACCACGACGACACAACUAUCGAUUCGAGCUCGCUGCUGACCGGGAGCUGCGCGAAAUUCUCUUUCGCUCCCUUGCUGGCCGCCACGAGUUCCUAUCGCACUUGUUCCCCAAUGGACUUCCGUCAGAUGAGGAGAAGCCAUGGAGCCUUCGCGACGCCCAGGGAGCAGUAGAGGGCGCAGAAUAUACACCGGCGGCGAGGGGAAAGCCAUGUGGACAUAUAUUCAAGAAUGGCGAGGCUACAUACCGAUGUAAAACUUGCAGCGCAGACGACACUUGCGUACUUUGCGCCCGUUGCUUUGAUGCAUCCGACCAUGAGGGACAUCAAGUCUUUGUCAGUGUAUCGCCAGGCAACUCUGGCUGUUGCGACUGCGGAGACGACGAGGCCUGGAUACGGCAUGUACAUUGCAACAUACACUCGAUAGACCCUGAGCGCGAGUCCAAGGCCGCGGGCAAAGCAAGGGAAGGCCCCAUACUGCCAGACGAACUCAUAGACACCAUUCGUAGCACCAUCGCACGAGUACUCGACUAUCUCAUCGACGUCUUUUCCUGCUCCCCGGAGCAAUUGCGCCUGCCCAAGACCGAAGAGUCCAUCCGCCAAGACGAGCGCAACUCGCGCCUUACCUCGCGAUGGUACGAGGGGGGAGAUGACACAGAGGAGUGCGAAGAGUUCUGCCUCGUGUUGUGGAACGAUGAGAAGCAUACGGUCAACGACGUCAGAGAUCAGGUUGCUCGCGCAUGCAAACAGAAACUGGCAUUUGGUCUAGCAAAAGCCUACGAGAUCAACGACGUGGGGCGCAGUGCGAUUGUUUAUAGGACGGACCUUAACGAACUCCUUCGCAUGGCCAAAAUCAUUGAGGAGAUUAAGCUUACCGUUACCAUUCGAUCGGCGAGAGAUACUUUUCGAGAGCAGAUGGGUGGUGUCCUCAUAGAGUGGAUACAGGAUAUUGCAGGCUGUAGCGUCGGCGAUGAUAACCAGAUACUUCGCCGCACCGUUUGCGAGGAACUCCUCAAGCCCUGGCGCGUUGGCAGCGAAGCGUCAAAUCAAAGCAUUGGCAAGAACGGUCUCGACGACCACGAGAUGGAAGACAAGGAAGCUGAGAUGGAUGGCUUUUUCAACGGCAUGCUGUUGCAGCGACGAGCUCGUAUUAUUCGGGUCCAGCGACAGCGAACCGCCGAUACCAACGAUGACACAACUGCUUCAGACGAUGACGAUGACGACGAGGGCGGGCCUGCAGCAGACACCCAAGAUGAUAUGGACAUUGACGAGGUCGGUGCUCAGGACAAUGAUGGUGAUGUAGAGAUGGGGGCGUAUGAAAGCGCGGAUGAGGCUCUUGAAGUGUCUGAAGCGACAAUGGCAGGUUAUCCUGCUCCCCCACCACCGCCGCCAGUGCCUGCACAUCCGCAGCGAGGUCAGCUUGAACAGAGCGUCACACCGGCGGAAUCAGAUAGUGAGCCCAUGGUUGGCGCACCGUCUCUUAGCCAUGUGGAGCCGAUGCUGCCGGUCCCAGAGACACCCCACACUCGAUCGUUACCAUUGCGGCCAGCAAGGCCAGCCAAAUACUGGUUAGAGAAGCCUGAAAGCUACGGUAAGAAGCCUGGAACGCCACCUCAUGAAGAUCUCUGGCAACGGCUGAGACUCGAUCAUUUGAUAUUAUAUGAUUUGCGCAUGUGGAAGCAGCUGCGUAUCGGCAUACGCGAUGUCUUCAUCAGCACCGUGGUCACCAUCCCUGAGUUCAAGCGCCUCUUAGGUCUACGCUUCGCUGGCGUCUACACGGCUCUAGCCCAACUCUACCUCAUUGCCGAUCGUGAGCCUGAUCACUCCAUCAUCAACCUUUCUCUGCAAAUGUUGACAACCCCGUCAAUAACCUCCGAGGUUGUUGAGCGUGGCAAUUUCCUUACCAAUCUCAUGGCUAUUCUCUACACCUUCUUGACUACCCGGCAAGUGGGCUAUCCUUCAAAUGUCGACCCCAGAGCAACACUAGCUUUCGAGCAAGGAGCUGUGACUAAUCGUCGAAUGUAUCACUUCUUCCUCGAUAUGAAGUACUUACUGGGCUCUGAGUUCGUUCAAGAAAGAAUUCGCGAAGAGCCACGGUAUCUCUUACAGUUCUUAGACCUUGUAAAGCUUCACCAAGGUAUCUGUCCAAAUGUUCGUCAAGUUGGCGAGCAUCUCGAAUUUGAGUCCGAAGCAUGGAUUAGUGCUUCUCUGAUUACCCGGGAGAUCAACAAGCUGUGUAGGCACUUUGCAGAAUCCUUUGCCUGGAGCCGCGACGAAGACCCAACCAACAUCCAGCGCGCUAUACGUGCAGCCGCUAGAGUAGCCAUCAUAAAUUCUCUAGGCGCUGAACGCAAACGCUUUGAUCAGACUGAGCUCAAAGAAGAAACGAAGUUCAAGACGUCGCCCGUUUUUGAAUUUGACGCCGAAACUUCUACCUUCUUUGGUCCAUCUUACAAGAUUGUCGAUUAUGUCGUCGCGACACAGCCGAUGAGCUUUCACCAUGCCCUCCAUUACACUCUAUCUUGGCUCAUUGAUCGAGCGCGAAGCAUGGAUCGAGAGGAGAUCAGGAGAUUACUUUUGUUCUCUCCUAGCGAAUUACAAAUGGACCUUCCUCUAUCUAUCCCUGUACACCAACCCGAAGAUUAUCUACUGGCGUUGUUCGACUUUCCGCUCCGAGUCUGCUCAUGGUUGGCUCAGAUGCGUGCAGGCAUUUGGGUGCGGAACGGCAUUACGUUACGACAUCAGAUGACGCAGUACCGAAGUGUAUCACAGAGAGACGUCUCACAUCAGCGAGACAUCUUCCUCCUACAGUCCGCUCUCGUACUGUGCAAUCCGUCAAUCUUCCUAGCAUCGAUGAUUGACCGAUUCGGGCUGAAUGGCUGGAUGACUGGCAAAUACGAAGCUAGCCAACACGGGUUCGAAGACAGCCAAGCUAUUGACGUGGUCGAAGACUUUGUGCACUUACUCAUCAUCAUCCUCAGCGAGCGCACAUCAUUGAUACCUGCAGAGGAUAACGAUGAGUCUCAACUAGCAUCGAUGCGCAAAGAUAUCGCUCAUGUGCUGUGUUUCAAGCCUCUCUCCUUCUCCGAUAUGACAGCACGUCUAUCAGACCGAAUUCAGAACAUGGACGAGUUUCCUGCGGUCUUAUCUGAGAUGACCAAGUUUCGAGCUCCGGAGGGCUUGUCUGAUAGCGGAACAUUUGAAUUGAAGGAACAGUACAUCGAUUUGGUAGACCCUUACCUUCAUCAAUACAACCGCAAUCAAAGGGAGGAAGCAGAGAACAUAUACAAGACCUACAUGGCCAAGAAAACCGGAAAGCAAGCUAGCGACAUCGUCUAUGAACCGAAGCUCCGCCCAAUUCCUUCAGGCCUAUUCCAAGAUUUGUCAGCAUUUACCAGGACACCGUUGUUUACUCAGGUCAUAUACUAUUUGCUGGGAUACGGUCUUAGAGCAACAACAGCCACGCCAAGCAUCCCAGCCACUCGUGUCGAAACAUACAUACAAUUUGUAUUACAACUUCUUCUCGUGGCUAUCCUUGAGGACAAAACAGGGGAGCACGGAUGGUCUGAAAAGACGCCCGAGUCUUUUGUCACUUCAGUCUUGACCAAAAACGCGAAUAUAGGCAUAUCGGACCAUCCCACUGUUCUGUCAAUCCUGAAGACUUUGCAGGAUAACGAAGCUUUCAAGUCGUCUGAACCGAAGAUAAGCCUGAUCCUUCAUAGGCUCAAGCAACGCCAACAGGAUUCGUUCAUCAUCGCAGCAGCAGCAAUCAACAUGCCGGCUGAUAGGAUGGAUACUGCUUCACCUGCACCUCAAGACAAAGAGCACAAAGAGCUCAAGAAGAAACAAGCACUUGACCGACAGGCCAAGGUUAUGGCAGCUUUCAAAGAGCAGCAGGGAAAGUUCAUGGCUAAUCAGGAGUUUGACUGGGGCGAAGACGACUUCAGUGAUUUGGAAGACGAGACGGGCGGACUUGUUGAACAGGAGAAGACCCUCAAAUAUCCCUCCGGCACAUGUAUCUUGUGUCAGGAAGACUGCAACGAACAAAGGCUGUACGGUUCCUUCGGAUACAUUUCCGAAAGCAGGAUUAUGCGCCAAACUCCUCUGCACGAUGAUGAAUGGAUAGAUGAAGUCGUGCAGACACCGAGUAGUCUUGAUCGAUCAGCUGAAGAUCUGCGACCGUUUGGUGUGGCUGGUAAGAACCGGCGCACUGUGGAAAAGGUCACCGCCUCAGGUGAGCGCGUCACCAGUGAACGUCAAGAGUUAGGGAAAGGAUUUCCUCCUCUUUCCGUGACGCCUGGUCCUGUCACUACUGGGUGUGGCCACAUCAUGCAUUUUGCGUGCUUUGAAGUGUACCUGAAUGCUACUCAGAGACGCCAUGUCAGCCAGAUUGCGCGAAAUCAUCCUGAACGGCCUGAGUUGAAGGAGUUCAUGUGUCCACUCUGCAAAGCUCUUGGGAACAUCUUCUUACCGAUUAUUUGGAAAGCAAAGAAGGUCUCUAGCACGGGUGUUCUUGAGACGGAGCAACCAUUCGAGGAGUGGUUGGAAUUGCAAUUAGUUGCGACCCACAAGAGUCUUGAGAGAGGUCUGAAGGUCCCUGCAGACCUAUCUCACGAUCAAAAGAUGCUCUAUGAAUACGCAGAACGAGACUUUAUUCAGCCCAUAUCAAGUCGCUUGCCCGAUUUGCUCAAACCGUCGCUACCUUCAACUGGCCUUGCUCUCUCUCAACCGGGACAACUCGCGCCUCGUUUCCAGGUCCCGGCUUUCCUAGGUGUGCAGCCUCCGGAGGCCGCCGAAGCUGGAUUAGGUUCCUCUCAGAAUAGCCCGGCUUUGACGCAGGAUGCCCCAAUGGGAGAACUGAUUAAAAUAUACCAUAGGUUGAGAGAGACCUUGAAGGUCAACAACGUUCACUCCUCGUUCGCAUAUCCGCAUACACCUGCCAUGACAAACGACUUCACUCACACGGAUGCGCUUGCUCAGGCUCUUGGUUAUUCUAUCGCUGCCGCCGAGAUUGCGCAGCGAGGCGUGCAAUCUGAGUCGGUGCGUGGCACUCUGAUCGAUAAGAUCUCUCCACAAGCCAUCACCCAUCUCCGGGUAUUCUCUGAGACGGUCUCCUCGUACAUUGCUCUCGGAAGCUUGCGAGGUCAGGGCCCGACUAAGACCCUGGAUGAGUUCUCGGAGACCCAGCGCCGUCAGUUCCGCCAGCUGUUAGUUGGGCACCCAGGCAUAUCGGACCCAGAAGUGCUGAGCUUCGAUCUGAAAGGCAUUGCACCGUUACUGUGCCAAGACCCGUUCAUUUUCCUCUCAGAAUGCGCAGUCGGAGUUGUGCCAGCCACGAAUCUCGACAUUCACCACAUAAUGCGACUCUGCUAUCUUGCUGUGAUUGUCCGGGUAGUCUUCGUUUUCGCACUAAGUGUGAAAAACCAGUCAGCGGAAGAUAUGGCAGUGCAUCCAGAACUCCUCUUCCCGCAUCCAGAGCAGUUCAUCAACGCAGACAAAGUCGGUAACGAUUUUGGUUCUGAAGAACAGAUGAGGAACCUACUCUGCUUCGCCUGCGUUGUUUCCAACGUCACUAACCAGGGCGACUCACCCGCCUCGUUUGACAUCGACAACCUGCCCGUCCCAGACCGCUUCAAAGAUCGUAAUUUCCUCUACUUCCUACACACCAUGGUCUCGACGUACGCUCUACCAUUCGUCCGUAAAGCCGCUAUCCUGAUGCACGUGCGCUAUGGUGUUGACCUCCCACAUGUCACUGCCGAGCGCGCUGAUGAACCUGAACUUGCACGCCUUUCCUCAAUCCUCAGGCUACCAUCACUUGACAAGAUAUUUGCUUCUUUUGCCGCUCAUACAUCGGCAGGCAAUACAACGCGCUCCAUCGUUGGAGGCUGGCUUCGCCAUCUCCUCUGGGCACAAGCAGGCAACAAUCCGCUCAAACCAAUCAUCUCACUCUCGCACCCAGCAAUUUUCGAACUCGUCGGCCUACCAAAGAACUAUGAUACGCUAACCGAUGAAGCAAUACGACGUCGCUGCCCCACAACGGGCAAAGAAUUGACAGAUCCGGCACUUUGUCUCUUCUGCGGUGAGAUUAUGUGUAGUCAAGCCGUAUGCUGCAUGACGAAUAAGAAUCGUGGAGGAUGUAAUCAGCAUCUAGCCAAAUGCGGUGGCCAAAUUGGUCUCUUCAUACAUAUCCGCAAAUGCAUGAUCCUCUUCCUCAAUCUCGAUCACGGUACCUGGCAUGUGGCCCCUUACCUUGAUAAGCACGGUGAGGUUGAUCCUGCGUUACGCCGCCAUCACCAGCUUUUCUUGAAUCAGAAGCGGUAUGAUGCGCUGCUGAGGAAAGUAUGGCUUGAGGGCGGUGUGCAGAGCCUUAUUGCUAGGCGGUUGGAGGGAGAUAUCAAUAAUGGGGGGUGGGAGAGCUUGUAA